AUGCUUAUUUACCGUGAAGCCAGUUUGAAGUACGUGGAGCCGACACGGACUCGUCUCAUCCCAAGAGCUUCGUCGUCGUCGUCCGACACCGAUGAGCCCUUUUGUUUGGGUUACGAUUGUAGUGGAAGCGAAUGGAUAUGGGCGCGAUGGGUUCUAUUUGUGCUGUUCAUUCUUGCUAUCGCCGGUUUGGCCUUCUCAGCCAUCAGGAUCAAUUCACGACGCAGCAGAGCCGGACAAAGGCUUAUACCGGGCACUGCGUGGUUUACGCCACCAAGUUAUCGUCAGUCUGAAAGACAGUACAAUAGAGGAACGAGGCAGGAGUACGUGCCACCCUAUAGUGAGACCGCCAAUGAAAACGAUUUGGGGUAUUACGAUAAUGAGGGAGUUUUCCACGUAAACUCCAAGGCCGAGAUGCUUCCGCCACCCCCCUUAACUACUGCAGUUUCCGACACGUCUUCGGGCGAAGUACGACAGCCGCAGCCCGCUGUAGUGCGGGACGAUGCAAGUGCAGGUGCAGAGUCGUUCAACUUCACCAGAGACUUCAGGCGGUACUACGACGGAUUCACCGCUACAAUGCCCUCACCGUUGUUUGGCAGAGGUCAUACCCAUACGGAGGAGGAAAGGGCUGCGGGCGAGCAUACGAACGCUGGGGAUCACGAUCGCGCAACGGCUCCAGAUCCAAAUGAUGCCCACGGUUCUCUGAGGACCGAAAGUAUCGAGUUACAAGGAUAUCCUAGCUUCCCGCAAAGGUCACAACGUGCCAACCACAGAUGA